CUGUUCCCCGUGCGCUCUCCUCGGCUCGGGUUACAGUUGAGCUCGAGCUGCUGCACUCACCGGAGCGCAGAGUGUUGUGCACGGUUAAAAUAACACUAUACCGGCAUGGAAACGUUGGCAAGCGGAUUCAGAGCCACCGAGCGGACUGGCGAGCAAGUCUGAUCUUCCCACGGCACUUUUUUGUGUCCGAGCAGCGACAAACAAACGGGGAGACGUACAGUAUAUUUACGCACUGGCCCCACGCAGCAUGCCCGAGUUGGACUAGAGGCUAACCCCUGCUGGAGCGCAACACGCACGCGGAACGGCGCUGAGAGCCGGGAGGGAUAUUUACAAUAGAAACUCAAUUCCUUUGCGAAGAAGAAUAGCAGAGAGGAGGAGGAGGAGGAGUGAAAGAUAACACUGGAAUGAAGUGGACCUCGGGAUUCCCGGCGUGCUGCGGAGUUGUGACUGAUGGAUGAAUGUGGUCAUCUGUAGGCUAUAUACAGCGACAGGUACAUACACCAUCGGGGGAGCUUUGACAAAGACACGGCGCAGCGCUUCAUCGGCAGCCGCAUCGCCAAACAAUUGUGUCUCCAGAAAAAACUGUGCGAUUGGUUAGAUCUGUUUCACCGCACAUGAGAUCGCUGAGUUGAGUUCUCACCACUGAGUAAUAAGGUCGCGAAGGGCUGUUUUUUUGUCUCAGCCACAGGUCAACCAGGACACUCGGGGGGCUGCUCUCCUUCCAGAUCCUAUCAAGAAACCGGGAGGCUUCUUCGCACGUCCUGCGGACAGUUCAGCCAAGGACACAGGGGCCUGGAGCAGAUUUAAAGAAGUCGGACAGAAGGACAUGUAUCUGAUAUCGACCUCACAUGCUCCCGACUGAUCGUAGCUCACCUUCCCACCGGGCGAACCACAGAUAAAGGCUGCCAGGCGCACUGUCCGACGCUCUGAGUUAUCGGCUCACUGUCUGUACGUUUAUCAGAAUGGCGGGACUCGGUUGUUGGAAGUAUUAUCUCUGGAUCUUUAUUUUAAUGUGCAGGUCGGCGUUACCUUCAGCAAAAUCGCUGGAGACUAUAAUUUGGAGCUCGCAGAAUUCCAAGUUUCUGACUGGAAAGGGCCUGGUGAUCUACCCAGACAUCGGAGACAAACUGGACAUCAUCUGUCCCAAAGCGGACCAAGGCAGAGAUUAUGAGUUCUACAAGCUGUACCUAGUGAAGAGGGAGCAGGCAGAGAGCUGCAGUACAGUCCUCGAUCCUAAUGUCCUGGUCAACUGUAACAAGCCGGAGAAGGACAUCAAGUUCACCAUCAAAUUCCAGGAGUUCAGCCCCAACUACAUGGGCCUGGAGUUCAAGAAGAACGUUGACUACUUCAUCACCUCGACCUCCAACGGUACAGUCGAGGGCCUGGAGAACCGGGAGGGAGGCGUGUGCAAGAGCCGAGCCAUGAAAGUCAUCAUGAAAGUCGGGCAAGUCCCAAAUGCAGUGAACCCCGUGGCGCCGGAGGCUCCAGAAGACAAUGCCAUACCGGAGUCCAGUCCCAGUCCGCCUGACCAGGGUCGGAUUAGACCCGAGAUGCCAGGAAACUCUGACCACAUGAAUCAGGACCAGUCUGGUUCCUCGGGCAACUCAGACGGGAUCCUCGGCUCCAAAGUAGCCGUGUUCUCCGCCAUCGGGGCCGGCUGCAUCAUCUUCCUCUUGCUCAUUCUCCUCCUCGUCAUCCUGCUUAUCAAGAUGCGCAAGCGCGCCAGGAAAAACACCCACUCGCAGCCCCGCCCCUCAGGACUGUCACUUAGCACGCUGUCCAAUCCCAAGCUGCCUGGGGGCACGGCUGGCACGGAGCCCAGUGACAUCAUCAUUCCGCUGCGGACAGAGAACAACUACUGCCCUCACUAUGAGAAGGUGAGCGGCGACUAUGGCCAUCCCGUCUACAUUGUCCAGGAGAUGCCUCCGCAGAGCCCUGCCAACAUCUACUACAAAGUCUGACACGCUCCGCACAGCCAGCGACAGAGUCAGGAGAGAGAAGAGAGGAGCGCUUGAUUUAUGUUCUUGGGAAGAACACUUUCCUUUGCAUUUUGGGGACUUGAUGCUUCUUCAAGCCCGUGUUAUUUCUACCACCUGCUGCACAAAUCUGGAGAGACACGCACUGACCAGUAACCAGUGGAGUUAUGAGCUAACCGAUGAGAGAGGUUUAUUCUGUACCCUCCACCCCUCCCCCUUCCCCUCACCUCACCUGCCACCUUCUGCAUCUCCCUGCUCCGACAGGGGGCGGGGCUGGAGCGACCAACAGAUGGGACUCUAGUAUCCUGGUUUGCUGUCCCCUUUAACGGACAGGAUAUAACUUAUCUCAGUUCCCUGAAGUAUAGUCUGUGCUACACCCAAUUAAACACACCAUCCUAGCACACUAGCAAGGAACAGGCAGACACAGGCCCCGGACGCCACUCAGCCUGCAGUUGGUGUGCAAGAAGCAUAAAACGUGUGUGUGUCUCUGCGUGCAUGUGUGCGUGUGUGUUAGUCAGGGCUCCUUACUGGGCCAGGAAACUCUCCAGAUAGCUCAGGUAUCAGACACAGUGUGUGAAAUAAUGUGUUCCUCUCCCUACGCACCUCUGAUGUUUGCCUUACUUAACUAUUUUUGAUGGAGGAUUUCCUCGAACCCUGAUUCAGUUCACAAAGCAGUUGUAUUUUGUUAGACUUUUCCUACAAGUGCACAAUGUAUAGAGUUGAAUAGAUCAUCAUUAUCACUCCAUGUUGUCACCAACCAUGUCAUUCAUUGCGCUCAUUUUUUUCCUUGAGAAAGUACAUUGACCUGGACUGUUGAUAUCGAGGUGUGUGUGUGUGUGUGUGUAUGUGUGUGUAUGUGUGUUUCUGAGAAUACUCCCUUCUCCGCUGGUCUGAUAUGAGCUUUACCAUUACUCUGGUAUUUAUGACCUACUUGUGUGCAUUUUAGGGUGUAUCCUCUGUGAAUGUGUGUGUGUGUGUGUACUUGUAUGUAUGUGUUUGGGCAUGUCCAGACCAGUCUUGUAUCUGGGCAGGCUUAUUGGAUUAGGGGGUAGAACACUAAGUUACUGUAUCGUAAGCUUCAAAAACAAGACAGACAGACUGACGCGCCGACAGACAGACAUGCCCAAGAUCUUACAAAACCCUUCUAGUGCUCCAGUUGGCACGAAUUGAAGGUUUUAUGUGUCUGAUUAGCUUUCGGGGAGAUGGUUUUUAAGACAGCAGGCAGGUUGAUAUUUGUUUGCUCAAGCUUCUGGUGCUACAGUGUAAGCAUCAAACAGUUAGUUUGAUGCCUGCUGCCUGGGCAUGGUGGGCGUAGAUUGGAUGGUUGGCACUGAUUGGCUGGCCUACAUAGGUAGGACGCCCUAUAUAUAAGUUGGAUGGCGAACUACGGCUGAACAUUGGGAUACAGUAUUGUCAGAUGCCAAUUGGCUGCCAUCUGUAGAUGAGUCAGUGGAGUGCGCAGUCAGUGGCGUCGCCAGCGUGUGACUAAUCUAUGUGCCAUCUCCGUGCCCACACUCACCAGCCGGGGAGGAGAGAGAGCGAGAGCGGCGGAUAAAGGAGAAAAUGUUCCUGUGACUUGGCUUUAACCUGAGAGGAAGAUGGCGGUGUGGAUGGGGAUGACAGGGGGGGUGAUGGGUGAGGUGGGGGGUGGAGGUAGUUUAGCAUUAAUUUUUCCAUCCUCUCACCAGUUGUGCUGUGAAUAAAAAUGCUGUGCAGAAUAUUCCACAGUCAAGGUGUUCAGCCAGCGAGGACACUGCAGCUCAGCUAUCACACAGCCCAGGGCAGCGGCACCGAGACAGGAUUUACUGCAGCUGGAUGUGUGCACGUGUGCACGCCGAUGCUCACUUUUAGGUGGUGCUGGGGGAGGGGGAGGUGUUAGAAUCGGUCUGUGUGCACAUGUAGGUGCUUGUGUGUAAGUGCUCAUUUGUGCUUAUAUUUGCAGUUUUCCCUGCAUAUGUAUGUGUGUUUGUGAAUGCUUCUGUGGUCUAGCUGCUGAACAGACUUGUUUUGGGUCUGGAACUAGGUGCUCCAAACAGUGUGGCUGCCAAAGUAUGGAGCGCCGCAGUCCCAGUUAAUGAUGUGUGAGAGGAGAAGGGAGCAGAUAAGGACAGCUAUUCCUCAGCACGCAGACACGAGCUGACGUUUGAGGCACAUGUGCACACAUACACGCAGACACACCGAGACUGACGGGUCCAGGUUUAUCUCCAGUCAAACGGUCAGACUGCCAGUUAAUGUUUAUUCACCGGCAGAGACACCCAUCAUCCGCUGCCACAUACUAUUGCCAUCCACGGAUAUACACUGCUGAGUUAAAAGGCAGCCCAGCUUGAAGACUCGGGGAAGACUCCAGUGGCUUUUGCGUGUCGUUAACCUCUGAGUUAACAACCUAAACAGCUGCUCGUGCUUUUGUGGUCCUGUGUUUUAACUCAGCAUGCAGCCCUCAGUGGCCCUCUGUGAAACACAUCUAGAUCAAAUAUUUUUGUUUCGGAUCGGUGCGCAUCCAUUCACCUACACCAGCCAAGGGACUCAUUACCAAAUUACCACAAACCAUAUCUCAUUUUUAUUCAUUCUAGUGACCACUUAAUGUUAUUCAAAUUUUGGGGGAGAAAAAAAAAAGAUUAAAAAGAGAGAGAAAUGUAAAUAUAUGGAUAGAGCCCAAUUUAAGAUGUAAUUUCACCUGAACACUGCUCAUAAGAAAAAUUUAAGAUUAGAUUUUUGUAAUGGAGGAUGUUUGUAAAUAGCUGUCUUUUUAAAGUGUGUUUUGUAUGAAUCCUUGCAUUUUUGUCUCUGUUUGCAAUAUGUUUUUUUUUUCUUUUAGAGUUAAACUGAAUAUUGCAACGGACACAUGAGCUGUCUUUUUUGCAGCGUCCAGUAUUGUCAAAAAGUCUUUGUUACCACAUGUGUUUAAAAAAAAUGGGGUUCAGAGUUUUUACAUUGUCAUUCAACAGGAUUCUAGUUGCUCAGAAACUGUUCAGGACUGAAGCUUUGUCAUCGAGUGGCUUUGAAAUGGAUAGGUCAUUGAAACUAUGAAUGAUAAGGUUCCUUUCCCUGUUGGAGACAGCACUUAACUCUGCAUAUGAAGACUGUGUUAUUCCACUGCCUAUAAGUUACCUACACCUUCCACUCCAUUAUAAGAUGUAACACAAACAUUUUGGUCCAGAAAGAUUAAUCUCAGUUUUAGUCUAUUGGGCCAGACAGAGAGAGAGGGGGAGAAAAAGGAGAAAAGGGGCUAUGUAUGAGAGUGUGACCGUACUGCGCUCACCAAUAAAUCAUCCGGUUUACACCACUCAUUAUCUCCCAGGCGGUCCUUUGUUUUAAAGUUGCUCUCUCCCUCCUUUCCUAAUUUAGCACAGAGAUGUUGGUUGCCCAUGGUAUGAGCCUCACUGUAGGUUGAUUUCUGCUAUUGUUCAAAGCCACAGUAUUAUUUUUCAAUGUGCAUGUGUAAGCAAAACCUGUUGAAUUUGUUUCCCUUUGUUUGAAUCAUAACUGUCAAGUUUUGUUAUUUUAUUUCAUUUUUUUUUUUGCCAUUCACUUUUUUGCCGCUUCUCAGCGUAACCUAUUGGCACCAGCUACAAUGGAAAUAACGUUCCACCAGUUUGGAAACUACCGCAUAUUGAUAAAUAAAAUUUUUCCCAUGGAACUUG